GUUGUGAAAGAAAGAGAAAAACAAAAGAAGAAAUAACGAAGAAGAGAAAGCGAGAGAGAGAAAAAGAAGAGACGAAGACGGAGUCUUCAGUGGUUUUUUUUUUUUUAAAAAAAAAGGAAGAAAAAAAAGCUAAAAAAUCCAUUUUCAGCCCUCGCGGAAGAUUUGGAGGUUUCUUGGUUCUGCUUUGAUUUGAAAAUUUCUUUUUUUGCGAAAUGAUCUACUUGCUGCUUCAGGUUAGGAUUUGCACAGACUGUGGAUCGUAAGGAUCAUAUUGUGAUUUGUAUCUGUUUAACAUAUUAUGGCCUCUUCUGGUAUGGGUCCAGUUGGAAAACCUGGUAGUGGCGUUGCAUUGUUUGCCGAUAAACUUCCGGAGGGGAUUAACGAAAUGAAGAUCAGAGAUGAGAAGGUUGAAAAGGAGAUGGAAGCGACAGUGGUUGAUGGAAAUGGUACAGAAACUGGACAUAUAAUUGUAACUACCAUUGGUGGUCGAAAUGGUCAAUCCAAACAGACAAUAAGUUACAUGGCGGAGCGUACAGUUGGGCAGGGAUCCUUCGGUAUUGUAUUUCAGGCCAAGUGUCUUGAGACUGGAGAAACUGUUGCUAUCAAGAAGGUUCUUCAGGAUAAGAGAUAUAAGAAUCGUGAGUUGCAAACAAUGCGCCUUCUCGAUCAUCCUAAUGUUGUUUCUUUGAAACACUGCUUUUUUUCCACAACGGAAAAGGACGAGCUUUAUCUUAAUCUGGUUCUUGAGUAUGUACCUGAGACAGUUUACCGGGUAAUAAAACACUACACAAAGGCAAAUCAGCGGAUGCCUCUCAUAUAUGUCAAGCUUUAUGCCUAUCAGAUAUGUAGAGCUCUAGCCUACAUUCAUGGAGGAAUAGGAGUAUGCCACAGGGAUAUUAAGCCACAAAAUCUACUGGUCAAUCCCCAUACUCAUCAGGUCAAGCUCUGCGAUUUUGGAAGUGCAAAAGUUCUGGUGAAAGGCGAGCCAAAUAUAUCAUAUAUUUGUUCUCGUUAUUAUCGAGCACCUGAACUGAUAUUUGGGGCUACUGAAUACACUACCGCAAUUGAUAUUUGGUCGGCAGGCUGCGUUCUUGCUGAGUUACUUCUUGGACAGCCUCUCUUUCCUGGUGAUAGUGGCGUGGAUCAGCUUGUUGAGAUAAUUAAGGUACUUGGGACUCCUACCCGUGAAGAAAUCAAAUGUAUGAACCCAAAUUAUACUGAGUUUAAAUUCCCACAAAUCAAGGCCCAUCCCUGGCACAAGAUAUUUCACAAGCGCAUGCCACCAGAAGCAGUGGAUCUUGUCUCAAGACUCCUCCAGUAUUCUCCAAAUCUUAGGUGUACUGCUUUAGAGGCUUGCAUCCAUCCUUUCUUUGAUGAACUCCGGGAUCCCAAUACUCGUCUUCCGAAUGGGCGUCCCCUGCCUCCUCUCUUCAACUUCAAACCCCAAGAGCUAAAGGGUGCAACAUUGGAGCUUCUCUCUAAACUCAUACCAGAACAUGCUCGGAAGCAGUGUUCUUUCCUUGAUUUUUAGAUCAAAACACAAAGUCGAUGUUAUUUUCCUCGUCGGAUUCAGGCAGGUAAAAACGCCCUUGAAAAUGUAAUUGUAUGUCUGAUCAUAUCAUUUGUAAUCUAUUUUAUUUGAAAAAAGAAUAUUAUGGGAGAUUAACGCUGGUUGUUGAUGUGGGUUGAAGGAAUGUUGCUAUUGAAAUAACUAUUCGCUACGAUUAUUACUUCUUA